GCUCAGUGGUAACGGCAUGCGCCGAAACAAAGCAGCUUCAAACAAUUAGUCGGUGGCGACAAUGGCGUUGGUGGGCAAAUUUAUGUAUAUAUGAAGAAGAAUGAUUACUUGUCGCCUGCUCAGAUCAGCUCGCGGCUGGGCAGCCAACACACACACACGCACACAGUACAUAUGUAUAUCUGCAAAUGUAAAAACAAAGGCAUACAGUGGUAAAUGAGCUGCCAUAGCAAGUAGGCAUAAAACACAGAAAAAAAGGCAGCCUGGCAGGCAACUAGGCAGCAACUAGAGCUGCUACAUACGAAUGUGUGGGCACUCGCCAAUCACCAGGAACAUCAUCGUCGCAUCAGUGUGCGAGUGACUGAUUGACCGAUCGGACGAACUGUUAUCGACGUUGCCGUUGCUAGAAGCGUGCGGGUAGCUUGCGGUGCUCCCCGUAAAAAAUCCGGAAAGUGUUAUUGCCAAAAACAAAAUAUGUAAAAUGAUUUGGAUAAUUUUUUUUAUCGAAAAGCUGAUAAUGUAAACAUUGUGGGCGGAAAAGUAUUGAAAAAGAUUUCUAAUAUUAAAUUAUGAAAGUGCAUCGAGUGUAUAAAAAUCAGUGUAGAGAUGAAAAUAAAAGCGUAUAUGAAGUAUUUUGAACCAUAAAGCAUUUUAAAAAACCAUUUGUUUAAAAAAGGUGCGAAAAAAAUUUGAAAUAAAAAAAUGUAACAAUUUUAGUGUUAAAUUUUUUAAACAAAAAAUUUCAAAAGCUCUAAAAAGUUGAAAAAUAUACUUUCCUUAAAGAACGGCCUACAAUCGCUUUACAUUUUAUGCAGCAGCAACGCAGUGGCAGUAAACAAAACUUGGGUCUACACUGCGUAUGAGCGACACGCUCUCAGAUACAUAAAGUUAAGUGCAGGCACAAGACCCAACUUUGAAAUAUACAAAAAAUCACAACAAAAAUACAUAUUUUAAACGGCACCAGAGCUUAAUAGCAGCGUCUCUAGACAGCAUCACCGCCAUAUCCAUUGCCAGCAAAAUGAUACGUGAUGUCUCUAGCUCAACGCUCGGGCGCGAAGAGGAGCGCAAACCGCUUAUGGCAGCAUAUAUGUUUCAACGUCGCGUACUAUUCGGUUGCAGUCUAUUGAUGGUGCUGUCGCUCAUCAUGUGGAUUGCUGCCAUUUCCACAGAUCGUUGGGUUAUUAUAACGGGUGGAAAAGGUAUAUUUAUACCGGAGACACGUCGCUUCUUCAUGGACUCCCACUCCGGCCUGUGGCGUUAUUGUCGUCAUACGAAAACUCCCAACGCCUUGCCUACAGCCAAUGUUGUACGUAACUUUACCUCAAUUGCUUAUGUAAAUCCCGUUACGUUAAUGGAUGCCAAAUUAAAUGCCUCACAACUUGAUUUUGUACGAAAAUUUAGUGAAGAAUUUGUCGAUACACCACUAACAAAUUUCACCGAAUCCGCUAAACAACGUAUGUUUGCGCAUUGGGUACGUAAUGAUAUCGUCGAAUUUGAGGAAUUUAAAAAAAUUUUUGAAAAACUUGUACUCAAUACUACGGCUGCACGACCCGAAAUAGUACCGGUCGCUGAGAAACCAAUUGUAAUUGAUCCACUCAAUGUACGCGCAAUCGAAUCGCGUAAAAUCUUCGGUUCAGCAUUGAAAAAGGUUAUGGUCGAUUCGACGUUUUACUAUUUCGUAAUACCGGAAGUAGCACAAAUGGCAAUAUUCGAAGGUUGGAAUGAGAAGCAAUAUGUGCCGAAACUCUUUUGGCCAUAUGUACGUGAUUUGGGUGUACCGGCAUAUGUAUUGGAUGAAAACCAAGUUAUAUUACAAUUGGUGCCGCCACAACCGCCAAGUAGGGGACGAGAAGCAAAUGGUUAUGUUUAUCAGCCAGUUGAACGUUGCAAGUACAUUGAUAUGUUUGCAAAUUCGGAAGCGCUACGCAAUGAUCCCAGUAUUGAUCUUGAAGUGAUGGAGUACAUACGCACACAGGCUUCUUUUGCCUGCAUCACCGUUUUCGUUAUGACUCUGGGUUCGAUUUUCUCAUUUUACACUUUUAAGAAUCCGCGUUAUAUGUUUAAACGUUUAGCGGGCGGCAUUGACUUAGUUGCUGCGUCGACUGCCGUAGUAGUUAUACAGUCACUUAUUUUGUCCGUAGAAUACACAAGGAAUAACUUAUUUUAUGCUUAUCCUGAGGGCGCCGAACUUACAUAUGGUUAUGGCGUCUACCUGGCUUGGUUUACAUUCAUCGUGAAUUUGGUGUGCGGCUUGCUGUUCCUGUGGUAUUCAGGCAAGAAGAAGGGUGCCAAAGCGCCAAACGAUGAAGUGGCUAUGGCGGAUGAGCCCACAAUAAUGGGUAGAUAA